CAGUACCACCAUAGUCACUUCGUCGAUAAAAAAAGACGGAUUUUCGUGUUUUCUAAUUUUCUCACUUGUACCACUUACGACCAUUUGUCAUUUCAUCGUUGUUGACCAGCGGUCUUUCGUCAGUUUUUCGGAAAAAGUAGUCGUAGUGUGGAAAACCACGAUUUCUGUUUGACUCCUGACUCAGUACGACGUAGUGGCAUGAUAUUGACUGUUUGAGUUUGGGUCGGUGCUGAGCCAGCACUUGAUAACCAGUUUUAUCCUGGGAUUCGGUGAUCCACGGUUUAUUCUCCUCGAAGCCCGCCAGAAUCCUUUCCAACAUGAUUAAGCCAAUACUAAAGCUGUUGGGCAUGGACGGGAUGUUUGACGAGCUGAGUCGGAUGAAUAAACGCCAGGUGUACUAUCAAGUACUCAACUUUGGCAUGAUAAUCUCGACAGCUCUGAUGAUUUGGAAAGGCCUAAUGGUGGUAACCAACAGCGAGAGUCCCAUCGUUGUGGUUUUAAGUGGGAGUAUGGAGCCAGCCUUUUACCGCGGCGAUUUAUUGUUUUUGACGAAUCACCAGGAGGAGCCCAUUAAAGUCGGGGAUAUUGUUGUUUUCAAAAUUGAAGGACGCGAUAUCCCCAUUGUGCACAGGGUGUUGCAGCUCCAUGACGAUGGUGAAGGCAACGUUAAGUUUUUAACCAAAGGUGAUAACAACUGGAUUGACGACAGAGGCCUAUAUGCGCCGGGACAAAUGUGGCUGCAGCCUAAAGAUGUGGUCGGACGGGCGAAGGGGUAUGUGCCGUAUAUUGGAAUGGUGACGAUUAUUAUGAAUGACUAUCCAAAAGUCAAAUAUGCCGUAUUGGCUGCACUUGCCGGAUUUGUCCUAUUACAUCGGGAGAGUUAACUGCUGGUCGGUUUUAUCCUUGACGAUUAUUACCAGAUUUUGAAUAAUUUUUAUGCUUAUUUUGACCGUCAUUCCUGCCAGUUUUUUUGUUUGCUUUUUCCGUAAGUAUCUCCAUGAGCAUUUUUGAACUGCUGCACUGUGUUGAAAUGCUUUGUUAACCAGUACAGUAUCAGUUUGGUGUAUUAAGUGGACAGAGAACUGUUAACGAUAAAAUCCUUGCUAAAUUGCUUACUGCAGGUAUUCCUCUAACAUGUGAAAGCAACCCGUUUGCGUGCACGAUGAUAGUGAAAUUCCAGUCGUAAUAAAGAAGUUCGCUUCGCAGUAAA